CCUAAUCACUCUUGCAGUCACCACUGUCUCCGUCUCUUCUUCUCCUUCGUUGGGACCAUUCCUCCUCUUUCAGGGCAGAUUCAAGAAGAGGACAAUGGCAGGAUGUGCAAUGAAUUUUCAGUUCUCGACUGUUGUGAAAGUGAGAAACGAGAUCUCUUCUUUAAGGAUUUGUAAUCGAGACUUUGUAUUUAGAGAUUUGGCCAAGGCAAUGAAAGUGCCUGUUUUGCGGAUUAGAGGUGCUUCAGGUAGGCAAAGGUCGAGGCUUUUGAUGGUUAAUAUGUCUCAAUCUCCUGUUGAGCCGCAAUCUGAUGUUGCUUUUACCGAACAAUCGAAAGGGAAAGGAGAAGGUGAUGAUAGUAUCUUAGGGAGAGAGAAUGUUAGAAAUUUAGGAACUGAUCAGCCUGAGAAUCUGGAUAAUGAUGGUAAUGUUGGGGAUGGUUUUAAUGGUAGUGGUGGUAAUGGGGGCGGUGGAGGAGGUGGAAAUGGAGGAGAAGGUGAUGGGGAAGGCGAAGACUACGAAGAAAAAGAGUUUGGACCGAUUUUGAAAUUUGAAGAGGUCAUGAAGGAGACUGAAGCUAGAGGAGCUACUCUUCCAUCUGAUAUGUUGGAAGCUGCUAAGACUUAUGGGAUCCGCAAAGUGCUUCUCCUUAGGUACUUGGAUCUGCAGAGCUCAGCAGGGCUGCUUGGGUUUGCUAUAAGAUCAUGGGCUAUGCUUCGAAACAGAAUGUUGGCUGAUCCAUCUUUUCUCUUCAAAAUAGGGGCUGAGAUAGUCAUUGAUUCUUGUUGUGCCACUGUUGCUGAAGUUCAAAAGAGAGGGAAGGAUUUCUGGGCGGAGUUUGAGUUGUAUGUUGCUGAUCUUUUAGUUGGAACUGUGGUUAACAUUGCUCUGGUCGGUAUGUUGGCGCCUUAUGUUCGUUUUGGACAACCAUCCGCAUCACCUGGCUUCUUAGGACGCAUGGUUUUUGCUUAUAAUGCGCUUCCUAGCAGCGUGUUCGAAGCUGAAAGGCCAGGAUGUAGAUUUUCUGCUCAACAGAGACUUGCUACAUAUUUCUACAAGGGUAUAAUGUAUGGUGCAGUUGGAUUUGGAUGUGGCAUCGUAGGUCAAGGCAUCGCAAAUCUUAUCAUGACUGCGAAACGAAACAUAAAUAAAUCAGAAGAGAACAUCCCGGUACCACCGCUAAUCAAGAGUGCAGCUCUCUGGGGUGUAUUCUUGAGUGUUUCUUCGAAUACUCGUUAUCAGAUCAUCAAUGGUCUAGAGAGAGUGGUCGAAGCAUCACCUUUCGCCAAGAAAUUGCCUCCGGCGGCUAUGGCCUUCACCGUGGGUGUACGGUUGGCUAAUAACAUCUACGGUGGAAUGCAGUUUGUGGAUUGGGCAAGAUUGAGCGGUUGUCAGUGAAAACAACCAAACUCUUCUUUGUAUGUCGUAUUCGAUGGAACCAUAUAUUGUUGUAGCCUACUCAUUUCAAUCUGUUUUACUACGUUUCCGUUGUUACUAUAUCCAAUAUAAUAAGAAAUUUCAG